AUGGCGGGUUCGACGAUUAUUAUAUUUUUCGUCUCAUCAACCCACUGUCACCCACUUCUUAUACGGAGUAGACGGGGUAACAAUUUGGCAUUGAUGUGUGAAGUUAUGCAGGAUUAUGGAGUGCGGGGCGAGAAAUCUCAGCUUGAUGAUGAAAACGCAUCGGGCGUCUUCUCUGUCAAUCCUAAUUUGGCAGCAUCUGGCAGCAUCUCAAAAUUUGGGCAUCGCACGCCACAAGCUGACAUUUCCACCACGAUGUUAUCCUGCAUACAGAAGAAAAAAACCCCUUUCCCAUCCUUGUCAGCUCACACGUUUGACUCGUGGUGGAGCGCAAGCCCUUCUGUUGGCUCACUGCAUCAGCCUACCCGAUGCAUGUUGGAAAGCAAUUUCAGAUCCUUCUCGUUUUUGGGAACGCCGGAAGUUUUCCGUCCACUGUUGUUCGCUGACAAAAGGAAAAGGCAUCUGCAACUGCCGCAUGGGUAUUCUUCCGUGGAGAUCAGAAAUGCAAACACGGCAAGGCUGCAGAAUUCGCCAUAUUGUAUCGUCAGCGAAGCCGUGUUGAGUAACCAAGUAUUUUCUGUACUCCACAGAUUGUGA